AUGAGGCGAGACGUCGUCUUGGCCAGCCUCCUUGGCCUCCUCGCCCACUGUCUGCCAAGCACCGGGCAGGAGGAAAGCGUGUCUUGCUCGGCGAGCACGGCAACGUACGAGACCCAGUUCCGAGAUGAUUUGCAACAGUUCGGCGUGCAGGCAACGAUCGGCCCGCCCGAUCACCCCAUAGAAACGCCGGGAGGCGCGCUCGACGACAAUGACGACGACGACGGCUAUGAUCGGAAGCUCUACGACAGCCAAGCGGAGAAGGUCGAGGCCGUCAAGCUCGCAGCCGUGCCCAAGACGAAGCCGAAGCCGGCGGCGGCCGAGGUGAAAAAGUCGCUCGUCCUCGAUCCGAGCUCCAACUUUGGCAAAUGGGAGGGUUGGGGAACGUCCUUGUCGUGGUGGGCCAAGGCGUUCGGCGACCGCGACGACCUCGCCAACCUCUUCUUCUCCAAGAACACGCAGAAGAUCAACGGCAAGAGCCUUCCCGGCCUUGGCCUCAACAUUGCCCGCUACAACGCCGGCGCCAGCAGCGACAAGGGCUACCACGGGUACACGAUGCAAAGGUCGCCCAACGCCAGGCAGUCUCGCCUCAUCGACGGCUACUGGCUCAACUGGCAGAGCAGAAACCCGGCGAGCUCCUCCUGGGACUGGACCGUCGACGCGAACCAGCGGUCCAUGCUGAAAAAGGCCAAGGCGGCCGGCGCGAACACGUUCGAGCUCUUUUCCGUCUCUCCCAUGUGGUGGAUGACGUACAGCCACAACCCUUCGGGCUCGGUCCCUGCCGGGUUGACGGACAACCUGCAGUCGUGGAACUACGACGCGCACGCCAUUUACCUGUCGUCGAUCGCCCAGCACGCGAGGGACAACUGGGGAAUUGAUUUCCACUCCAUCGAGCCCUUCAACGAGCCGUCGACGCACUGGCAGGGCGACAAGGGUAAGCAGGAAGGGUGCUAUUUCGAGUACGGCACCAUGGGCAAGGUGCUCGCCGAGCUGAAGGAGAAGAUGAAGAACCGCGGCCUGACGAGCCUGAUCACUGGCGUCGACGCCAACAAGUACGACGUCGCCAUCGCGACCUGGCAGAAUCUGGACGGCAGCUCGCGGCAGACCAUCGAGAAGAUCAACGUGCACGGCUACCAGUACACGGCCGGCGAUCGCAACGCGCUGUACAGCAUUGCCAAGAAGAAUGGAAAGGUGCUCUGGCAGAGCGAGUACGGCGACAACGACGCGACUGGCAAGCAGAUGUGCACCUGCAUCCUCCUCGACUUUGCCAAGCUGCACCCGACUGCUUGGGUCCAGUGGCAAGCCGUCGACGGCAAGAGCUGGGGUCUCCUCUUCGGCGACCACGAGAAGAAGAAGCUCGGCGAUGCCAACAUGAAGUACUUUGUUCUCGCUCAAUUCUCCCGACACGUCCGACAGGGGAUGCGCAUCCUGGCGGCGCCCGACGACAACACGAUGGCUGCCUAUGAUGCGAGCGCGAAGAAGCUCGUUAUUGUCGCUGCCAACUGGGACGUCGCGAGGACCUUGGUCUUCGAUCUUAGCAAGUUCUCCGCUGCCGGCACCGACGGGUCCGUCGUGCCCCGGUGGAGCACGCAGCCGGAGGGUGGCGAUCAGUACGUCGCCUACAAGGAUCUGAAGCUGACCAAGGACAAGCUGGUCGCCAAGUUCUCCGCGGACCAAAUCCAGACCUUUGAGAUUGAGGGCGUCAAACUGUAG